AUGCCGGAUCAGUUACUAAAUUUGAAAGAAAUUCAAGCUGAAUACUUUCCUCUAGAGGUAGAAGGAAAGGUAACUAGUCUAAGUUUGAAUUUAGGCGUAUUUAAAGACAUAGAUGAGUUACUGAGGUGUAAAGGUCGUAUGAAACACGCAGACUGGUCAUUUGAUAAACGCUACCCUAUACUUAUACCGAAAGAUUCAGAUUUCACCAACGAAAUUAUAAUGAAGACUCAUCAAGAAAAUAAGCAUGUUGGAGUAAGUCACACGCUAGACAAGAUAAGGGAAACUUACUGGAUACCACAAGGAAGAAGCCAAGUUCAGAAGAUUUUGAGGAAGUGCUCCGAAUGUAUGAAGCAUGACGGAGGGCCAUAUAAACUACCGGAAACUCCUGCGUUACCAAAAGAGAGGGUCAAUUAUAGCUCUCCAUUCACAUACGUUGGUACCGACUAUCUGGGACCACUUCUAGUUAGUAAAAGGUGGAUUAGCCUCUACACAUGCUUAGCCGUAAGAGCCAUUCACUUAGAAGUUGUAAAGGACUUAACUGCGGAAGAAGGUUUAAUGGCCUUACGUAGAAUGAUUUCAGCAAGAGGUGUACCUACCUUAAUAACGUCUGAUAAUGCGGCUCACUACAAGUUACUCUCAGAGAUUCUUCAGAACCCAUACUGCGUAGAGAAAGAGAUAAAAUGGAAAUUUAUACCACAAUUAGCACCAUGGCAUGGAGGAUUCUAUGAGAGAUUAGUUGGUUUAGUUAAAAACUGUAUGAAGAAAACAUUACAGAAACAUUUGUUGAAUGACACCCAGCUAGUAACAGCGGUGAAAGAAAUAGAAGCAGUUCUUAACACAAGACCCUUAACUUACGUAGAUUCAGAGCCGGAUCAUGUACUAAAACCUUCAGACUUUCUUACCAUGGGAAAGUGUAUCAUUAUGGAAACUUCAGAUAAGGAUCCUACAACGUCGCAAGGGACGGUGACUAAGGACCACUUAAUUAAAGGUUGGAAGAAAGCACGGAUAAUUCUACGAGAAUUUAAAGAGAUGUUUGAGAACCGGUAUCUCCUAAAUUUGAGAGAAAGAUAUUCCCACCAUCCUAAAGAACCUAGAGUAACAUCAAAGUUAGCACCUAAGAUAGGUCAAAUCGUGCAGAUUAAAGGUGACACGAAGAACAGGAUAAAUUGGAAAGUUGGGAAAAUAGUAUCUUUAAAGGAAGGCGCCGACGGUUUAUGUAGGGUCGCCAAGGUACGAGUAGGAGAUACAGAGUAUACAAGAUCUAUCGCGCAUCUCUACCCGCUAGAGAUCGAAGAUGGAGAAGAGCAUGGAAUCCUCAACGACGUUGCUGAGCCUUCAUCUGAGCAGAGAUUCACUCAUGAAGUUAGAGAUCAGCAAGAAGAAGUACAGCCUCAUGCCUCGCCAGUAGAGGGAAAGUGUUCCUCUAAACAAGCGGUUGAGUUUAUGUCUAGUGAGUUAAACGAGCCUAAGCCUAAGUCUAUGUCCGAACCAGAGCCACUCGCGGUCGUCGACCUCGAGUUUUACGACCAGAAUGAUCCCGAGUCACACCACCUAGAGGAAGUUACGCCAGAAGGACAACACGAAGAAUCAAGACCUAAGAGAGCGGCAGCUCUCCGAGCCCUUGAGAAGAUCAAGGAAUGGACCAGCAAUUUAGUCGCCGUGCUGCUGCCUGAGGCGGGGUGUGUCGCGACAGGCGCGAAUAUCUAAUGCCACAAUACGAAUUUCCUAGCGGCAACACUGAACAGCGCCCUCGUGGGUGGAACUGUGAUCUCGGUGGUAUACAACUAGCCGCCAUAAGUAAAGCGAAGCAGAUUGAAGCUCCCCUGGCCCAGGAGAAGUGGAUCAGAGAGAGCGAGGACAAAGAAUCCUUCAUAGGAGAUGAAGGUAUGUAUGCUAAGCAUUCUGUUACCCCUAC